CUUUGGAUUCUUUUAGAAAGCUCAACUUUCUCCAGGUUUCUUUUGUCUUAAGCAAGCUGAACCUCCGAGGUGACUUUUGUAAUAUUUCUCAAGUUCCCGACCUUUCAUCGAAAUUCCAGGAAUCCGGCAAUCUGAGUGAGCACAGGAACUAUUGUCUGAUGGAAGAACCAAUGCGGGGCCGUUGCUACUGCAAGCAUCACUUUUCUUGGCACUAGGACCCGGCCAUAGCCGAAAUGAAUCUAAAUGAAGAAACACAGAGAAUCAUUACUGAGGAAUUUCUUGACGAUGAUGAAUCACACGUUGAGAAACUGAAGAAGACUUUGAAAAUUCAAAGGCAAAAAAGGAAGAAACGACUCCCGGAUGCCUCCCCCGAGGAGCUGGAGGCGGGGGGAGCGAGCCUCGGCUUCCCACAGCCGCCGCCGGACCCGCACGCCUCCGACAUGGACGUCCGCAGGACCACCCGCGACUUGCCUCCGAUUCCAUCUACUUCAAGAACGAGCUUUUCUGAAUUUUCCAUGAGGGAACGAAUGAGGGAGAAAUUAAAAGCUGCCAGGUUUAAAGCAGAGAGCGCUUUGUUGCAAGAAAUCCCUGGCCCACGACCCAGGCGCUUAGCCAAUCUUAAGGAGAAGGAAUUAGUCACUGGGUUUGAUGAAGAGCAAAGUAAACGUCUGUCAAGGGGACUACAAGAGGAUGAAUCGCAGAGCUCUUCACAAGUAAAAUUCCGUGAUUCUGUCAGAAAACUUAAGCCAAAAUCACAGGUUCAAACUGGUUUCCCUUCUGCCGAAGAAGCUUAUAACUUCUUUACUUUCACUUUUGACCCCGAACCAGAGAAUAAAAAUGAUGAGAAUAAGGGCCAAAAAAGAGAAGGGGAGGAGGAGGAGGAGGAGGAGGAGGAGGAGGAGGAAUCCGCAGAAAAUCUCCAGCAGGAACAGAAAGAUGAAAUGGAUGAAGAGGAGCUUCUCAAAGCUAAAGAUGCAGAUGAUUUCUUAAUCAGUAUAUACCAGACAGCUCAAGACCUCCUAGCAGUCAAAUCUGCAGAUUAUGAAAGUAUCCAUGAAAGAAUUCAGAAAGAAAGAGAAAUUCUCUUCAUACCCAGUCUCCGAACUGUGCCUGCGUGUCAGAAAGUGCCUGAAAACAUGCAGCCAAGGUACCUGGAGGACGAAGGUUUUUACAUUGGAGAAAGGCCCGUUGUGCCUUUAACCAAUCAAAACAUCAUAGAAAACAGAAUACUCGUUCAGGAGCAAGGGAAAAAGUGGUUUGGAGAUGAUGGCAAAGUCCUUGCGCUGCCUAAUCCCAUUAAGCAGUCUUUCACAAGACCACCGGUGUUUUCGGCGGAGGAAGGCAAAGAAGCGGAGCUUGAAACGUUCUACACAGACGCAGUUAAAUCUCCGCACACUAAUCAAUACAUCGUUGGAUCAGGGGACCCUCCUGGACCGUUUCAACUGGAUGUUGACAUAUCGGGGUUAAUAUUCACUCAUCAUCCCUGCUUCAGCCGUGAGCAUGUUCUAGCAGCCAAACUGGCCCAGCUGUACGAUUUGUAUCUUGCCAGGCAACAGAAAAAUCAUACCAAACUUCUGACAGACAAGCUUCAUGCGCUGAGGAAUGCUGUCCAGAGUAGCCCCGACCCCACUAAAACCCCUGGGUCCAGCCACGUGGCCCAGCAAAGCAGAACAGAAUAUAAAUCAGAAAUUCGGCAAACAAGAAGACUCCGUGAUGCUGAACAAGAAAAAGAUCGAACAUUGCUCAAGACCAUAAUAAAAGUUUGGAAAGAAAUGAAAUCCCUUCGAGACUUUCAGAAGUUUACCAACACACCCAUGAAACUCUGUUUGAGAAAGGAAGAAGUUGAUCAGAGAGCAGAUGAACGGGCGUAUGAAGCUGAAAUUCAAGCAGAAAUAAAUGAAUUAUUAGAGGAGGACGUGGAAAAGUAUGAAAAGAAAAUGGAAGUCUAUAACACUGAAUAUCGAGAAUGGAGACUGUGGAAGAAAGCCCAGAAGCUCAAGAAGAAAAAGAAAAAACAGACAAAAGACCAACAGGAGGAAGACACGGAAGAUCUGGACCUUGGUGAGGGGCCCGUGAAACCUGUCCCUCCUGAACAAAUUGACAGAGCAGAGUUCGAACGGCAGGUUCGAGACAGAGCCGCGCAUAGCCGAAGGAAACCUGGAGAGCCAAUUUUAGUUCCCGAGUUGAGCCUCGCUGGAAGCGUGACACCGAACGAGCUGUGUCCGAGGGCAGAACUUUUAAGAAGAGAAGAUCUCAAGAAGCGGUCAGUGUUUGUGAAGGUCCUUUUCAAUAACAAAGAAGUGUCCAGGACAGUCACUCGCCAGAUAAGUGCAGACUUUCAAGUUCACUUUGGACAAAUUUUCAAUUUGCAAAUAUUCAAUUGGCCAGAGUGUUUAACACUUCAGGUAUACGAAAUAGCUGGUCACAGUGGUGCAAACUUGCUGGCCGAAGUGUUUCUGCCUAUUCCCGAGACGACGGUACUGACUGAAAGAGCUUCUAUCGAAGAAAUCGAGUUCAGCAGCAACCAGCAUGUGACACUGGAUCACGAGGGGGUUGGAAGUGGUGUACCGUUUUCAUUUGAAGCUGACGGCAGUAAUAAAAUGACCUUCAUGACAUCUGGAAAAGUGUCCCAUAGCGUUGCCUGGGCAGUUGGAAAAAAUGGAAUUCCUUUAGUCCCCCCAGCAUCCCAGCUGAACACUGGAAUUGGCAGUGCAUUAAAGAAGGUUGAUGCGAUCGCAUCCAUUGGCGCAUCUGGUUUAACAGACAUGAAGAAACUGGCCAAAUGGGCUGCAGAAUCAAAGCUUGAUCCAAACGACCCAAACAAUGCAUCGCUGAUGCAGCUGAUAAUGGUUGCUACUAGCGGGGACACGUAUGUUCCUGAUUUCUUCAGAUUGGAGCAGCUGCAACAAGAAUUUAAUUUUGUUUCAGAUGAGGAAUUAAAUAGAUCCAAACGAUUCAGGCUCCUUCAGCUUCGAAGCCAGGAGGUGCCAGAAUUCCGGAAUUAUAAACAAGUUCCUAUUUAUGACAGAGAAGUCACCGAGAAGGUGUUCCAGGACUAUGAGAAGAGAUUACGGGACAGGAAUGUAAUUGAAACCAAGGAUCAUCUGGAUACCCAUCGGGCGGUAGUAGCCAAGUAUCUACAGCAGGUUAGAGAAUCUGUGAUAAACCGUUUCCUAGUCGCAAAGCACCAUUUUCUGCUGUCUGACCUGGUUGUGGAAGAAGAUGUUCCCAACAUCAGUAUUUUGGGAGUAAGCCUUUUCAAGCUGGCAGAGCAAAAGAGGCCACUGAAGCCAAGAAGAAAGGGGAGGAAGAAGGUUACAGCACAAAAUUUAUCUGAUGGAGAUAUAAAACUUUUAGUGAACAUUAUCAGAGCCUAUGACAUUCCAGUGAGAAAACCACCGACCAGCAAACUCCAGCAGCCAUCUAGGUCUUCGAGGUCUUUCAAUGAAAUGUUCGUGGCUUCCCCGUCCCCGCAGAGCCCAGGCCACCUUCCUGACUGGCCGUAUUGCCAGGCUUUGGUCCGUCCGUUUGUGGAAGUGGCUUUUCAACGCACGGUUUGCCGGACAACCACAGCUGAAGGCCCAAACCCCAGCUGGAACGAAGAACUUGAGCUUCCAUUUAGAGCUCCAAAUGGUGACUAUAGUACAACCAGUUUGCAGUCGGUGAAAGAUGAAGUGUUCAUUAAUAUUUUUGAUGAAGUACUCCACGAUAUCUUGGAGGAUGAACGGGAAAGAGGAAGCGGAGUUCAUACUCGUAUUGAAAGACGCUGGCUGGGAUCUGUUCGAAUUCCGUUUAGUACGAUAUAUUUCCAAUCGAGGAUUGAUGGCACAUUUAAAAUUGACAUUCCCCCAGUUCUCCUGGGCUACAGUAAAGAGCGGGGCCUGGUUAACGAGCGGGGCUACGAUUUUAUCCGAAGCCUGAGUGAAGGCUCGUAUAUCACAUUAUUUAUCACUAUUGAACCUCAGCUUGUACCCGGGGAGUCUGUCCGUGAAAAGUUUGAUACUCAGGAAGAUGAGAAGUUACUUCAAGCAGCAGAGAAGUUUCAAGCCGAGUGUGCCUUGAAGUUUCCAAACCGACCGUGCCCUACCACCGUAAUUGACAUAAGUGGGAAGACGGUUUUUAUCACGCGGUACCUCAGACCUCUGAACCCCCCUCAGGAGCUACUCGACGCCUACCCUGACAAUGCGCAGGCAACUGCCGAGUUGGUGGCCAGAUAUGUGGCUUUGAUUCCUUUCUUGCCCGAUAGCGUUUCCUUUGCUGGCAUCUGUGACCUCUGGAGCACGUCUGCGCAAUUUCUGGAUCUUCUGGCUGGAGAUGAAGAGGAGCAUGCUGUGCUCUUAUGUAAUUACUUUCUAUUUAUGGGCAAAAGAGCCUGGCUUAUCAUUGGAAACGCCAUUCCUGAGGGUCCCACCGCCUACGUGCUUACUUGUGAACACAAUGAGUAUUUGAUAUGGAAUCCCAGCAGCGGGCAGUUUUAUGGACAGUGUGAUACAUUCUGCCCUUUGCAAAGCAUCGGCUGCUUGAUCGGCCCCGACAACAUAUGGUUCAAUAUCCAACAGUAUGAUUCUCCUCUAAGGAUAAGUUUUGACCUCAGCAAGCCCAGACUAUGGAAACCUUUCUUUUCAAGAAGCCUUCCCUAUCCUGGCCUCUCCAGUGUGCAGCCCGACGCGUUGGUUUACCAGAGAACGGACCGAGCCGCUGCAGCAGAGCUUCAGGACAGGCUUGAAAAAAUCCUCAAAGAGAAAAUCAUGGAAUGGAGACCACGCCACGUAACCCGUUGGAAUAGAUACUGCACCUCCACCCUGCGUCACUUCUUGCCCCUGCUUGAAAAGAACCAAGGGAAAGACGUAGAAGAUGAUCACCAGGCGGAACUAUUGAAGCAGCUGGGAGAUUACAGGUUCUCUGGAUUUCCCAUUCACAUGCCCUAUUCUGAAGUGAAGCCUUUAAUAGAGACUGUCUACAGCACCGGGGUUCACAAUAUUGAUGCUUCUAAUGUUGAAUUUGCUCUAGCCGUUUAUGUCCACGCUUACCCCAGAAACGUACUAUCUGUAUGGAUCUACGUUGCCUCCCUCGUACGGAACAGAUAAAUGUUCCGCAGAUAAGAGAAGCAGCAUGGCUCAGUCGAAAGAGCCCGGGCUUGGGUUCUAAU